AUGGAUACACAACAACAAAAGCAAACAGCAACAAAACAACAGAAACAGAAAUCGAUUAUCGAUGAUGCCGAUAAAGACUUUUAUGAGAUUUUGGGUGUAGCCAAGACAGCAUCAGAUUCAGAGAUCAAGAGAGCCUACUAUAGAUUGGCAAAGGAGGUACAUCCCGAUAAGAACGACACAGACGAAGCGAAAGAACAGUUUCAGAAGCUCGCCAGAAUCUAUAAUAUUUUGAAGGAUCCAAAGACAAGAGAGUUCUACGAUGAACACGGUGACACUGAAUCAACUGAUUUGGGUACAUUCUCUGGCAAGGAUCUCUAUGAGGCAUGGUUGAAGCAAUACGAUAUAGUGCGUUUGACAGAGGAGAAGAUUGCUGACUUCUUCAGUCAGAUUGAGAAUGAGAAGAAACACAGAGGUGUUCAAGUUAGUACUGAAGAAGAGAAAGAUCUAAUCGAUUUCUAUAACAAGAAGAAAGGUGAUAUGAAACUAAUCAAAGAAUAUGUAUUCAAUUGUGAAAAAAAGAGUGAUGUAGUUAGAAUGUGUGAUCAUUUAAAUCAACUGAUAGAAUCAGGCAAACUUCAAUCAUAUCCAAUGUUUUCUAAAACUGCAACACUUUCAAAGAAAUCAACUACAACAACAACUACCACUACUACUGUAAAAUCAAAUACUAAACCAACAAAUAAGAAAGAAACAACUAAUAAUAAUAAUAAUAAGAAAAAAGCUAAAGUUGUAGUGGAUGAGGAAGAAGAAGAAGAAGAGGAUGAGAAUGUCGAUGAUUUAGAUGAUAUGAUGAGUGAAGAUGAUUUAGCAGAUGACGAUGCUUAUGAAAACGAUGACUAUGAAGAAGAAGAAGAUGAAGAAGAUAUUAAAGUUACUAGUAAUAAAAAGAAAUCACAUUCAAUGGCAGCCAACAAUAAAAAAUCAACAAAGUCAUCAUCUAAACCCAAUGUUGGGAAGAAAGCAACCACUCCAAAGAAAUCAAUGAAAAGAUCACAAAGUGCAAAGAGUGCAGUUAAAGCAAAAUCAUCUGCAAAUAAAUAA